AUGGAUACGCUGUUUAGGUUGGUUAGCCUCCAAGCCUCCGAGCAGCAGCAGCAGCAGCAGCAAUCGGCGUCGUACAACUCCAGGAGCACCACCUCCAGCGGCUCCAGGUCGUCUUCCCACCAGACCAACGCCUCCUACAACUACUACCACCACAGCUCCAGCAGCGGCGGCGGCGGCGGCGGCGGGCAGUACUACUACAGCCAGCAGCAGCAGCCGCAGCAGUCCUACUACCUGGAGCCGUACCAAGAAGAAUGCGGUGGCAACGCCCACCAGCACCACCUCUACAUGGAUGAAGACUUCUCUUCCUCGUCCUCGUCGAGGCAGCACUUCCACUCGCAUGGCGGGGCGGCCCAUCCGCCCACGUCGUCCGCCACGCCCACUGCGCCCACGCCCCCGCUCUCCACCUCGUCCACGGCUGGCGGGGCGGGCCACGCGCUCUUCGAGGCGGCCGACCUGUCCUUCCCGCCGGACCUCAACCUCGACUUCUCGUCCCCGGCGUCGUCGUCCGGCGCCGGGGGCACAGCGUCAUCGGCCGCGGUGGGGGGAGGUGGCGGCGGGAGGUGGGCCAGCCAGCUGCUCAUGGAGUGCGCGCGCGCGGUUGCGACGCGCGAGAGCCAGCGCGUGCAGCAGCUGAUGUGGAUGCUCAACGAGCUGGCGUCCCCGUACGGGGACGUGGAGCAGAAGCUUGCGUCCUACUUCCUGCAGGGUCUCUUCGCGCGGCUCACGGCGUCCGGCCCCAGGACGCUGCGCACGCUCGCGGCGGCGACCGACCGGAACACGUCCUUCGACUCCACGCGCCGCACCGCGCUGCGCUUCCAGGAGCUCAGCCCCUGGUCGUCGUUCGGGCACGUGGCCGCCAACGGCGCCAUACUGGAAUCUUUCUUGGAGGCCGCGGCCGCGUCGUCGGAGCCGCAGAGGUUUCACAUCCUCGACCUGAGCAACACCUUCUGCACGCAGUGGCCGACGCUGCUCGAGGCCCUGGCCACCCGGUCCCCCGACGACACGCCGCACCUGUCCAUCACCACCGUCGUGUCGGCCGCGCCGUCGGCUCCGACGUCCGCCGUGCAGCGCGUGAUGCGGGAGAUCGGGCAGCGCAUGGAGAAGUUCGCGCGGCUGAUGGGCGUGCCCUUCCGCUUCCGCGCCGUGCACCACUCCGGGGACCUUGCGGAGCUCGACCUCGACUCGCUCGACCUGCGUGGGGGCGGCGCCACGACCGGCAUCGCCGUCAACUGCAUGAACUCGCUGCGCGGCGUGGUGCCGGGCGGUGCCCGCCGGCGCGGCGCUUUCGCCGCGUCCCUCCGCCGCCUCGAACCUCGGGUCGUCACCGUGGUCGAGGAGGAGGCAGACCUGGUGGCGACCGACCCCGACGCGUCCGACGAAGGCGGCGACACGGAGGCGGCAUUCUUGAAGGUGUUCGGCGAGGGCUUGCGGUUCUUCUCGGCUUACAUGGACUCGCUAGAGGAGAGCUUCCCCAAGACCAGCAACGAGAGGCUGGCAUUGGAGAGGGGAGCAGGGCGUGCCAUCGUUGACCUGGUCUCGUGCCCAGCGUCGGAGUCCAUGGAGCGGCGGGAGACGGCGGCGGCAUGGGCACGGCGGUUGCGGUCGGCCGGGUUCUCACCGGUGCCAUUCAGCGAGGACGUAGCCGACGACGUGCGGUCACUUCUGCGCCGGUAUCGGGAGGGCUGGUCGAUGCGGGAGGCCAGCACGGAUGACUCGGCGGCCGGAGCCGGCGUGUUCCUGGCGUGGAAGGAGCAGCCUCUGGUGUGGGCAAGCGCGUGGAGGCCAUGA